UCCCCGCUGUGUUUAUUAGGGGAAGGAGGGCGGAGGCGGAGGCCAGUUCCCUAGCUCCAGCCGCCGUCGCCGUCGCCUGUGCAGUUGCAGCCGCGGCCGUCUCCCGCCAGCUCGCUCCGGGGAAAGAGAACGUGCGCGAGCUCCGGCGUCCCCGCCCUAGCUUUUCCCGGAGCCAUGAAUCCCAACUGCGCCCGGUGCGGCAAGAUCGUGUACCCUACGGAGAAGGUGAACUGUCUGGAUAAGUUCUGGCAUAAAGCAUGCUUCCACUGCGAGACCUGCAAGAUGACACUCAACAUGAAGAACUACAAGGGCUAUGAGAAGAAGCCCUACUGCAACGCACACUACCCCAAGCAGUCCUUCACCAUGGUGGCCGACACCCCGGAAAACCUCCGCCUCAAGCAACAGAGUGAGCUCCAGAGUCAGGUGCGUUACAAGGAGGAGUUUGAGAAGAACAAGGGCAAAGGCUUCAGCGUGGUGGCAGACACACCCGAACUCCAGAGGAUCAAGAAGACCCAGGACCAGAUCAGUAACAUAAAAUACCACGAAGAGUUCGAGAAGAGCCGCAUGGGCCCCAGCGGGGGUGAGGGCCUGGAGCCGGAGCGCCGAGAUCCCCAGGACACUGGCUACCGGCGGCCCCAGGAGCAGCAGCCUCACCACAUCCCAACCAGCGCCCCAGUUUACCAGCAGCCCCAGCAGCAGCAGGCAGCCCAGUCCUACGGUGGCUACAAGGAGCCUGCAGCCCCGGUCUCCAUACAGCGCAGUGCCCCAGGCGGGGGCGGGAGGCGGUACCGCGCCGUGUACGACUACAGUGCCGCCGACGAGGAUGAGGUCUCCUUCCAGGACGGGGACACCAUCGUCAACGUGCAGCAGAUCGACGACGGCUGGAUGUACGGGACCGUGGAGCGCACCGGCGACACGGGGAUGCUGCCGGCCAACUACGUGGAGGCCAUCUGAGCCCGCCGGGCGCCGCCCGCCCCAUCCGUCUUCAGUGCAUUCCGCAGCAUCGCAUCCGUCCUGGGCGUGACCUGUCCACCCUUUGGUGUCUCUGUUUUUUAAAAUCUGCAACAGCUUGUUUAUUCUCCCCCUCUUCCAGCUUCUUUUGCCAACCGAAGCCUUGUUCUGCCACUUUCGCGGCUCCUUCCUCUGGCAGGUUUUCCCCUUGACCAACUUCUUGAUUUUCUCUCUGGAUGGAACAGGUGUGGACCGCUCUGGGGGAAGCCGAGGCCCGUGGGGCUGGUCUGGGGGGGCGACCCGUCAGCUCCCAGGCCUCUGCCUUCUCUCUUUACUGCCCCAUCAGCCGCUCCUGCCCACCUCCUCACACACCCAAACAUUCCAGGCUGGGGUGAGCCCCAGACCCCCAGGACUCCCAGGGCGGCCGGGAGUUGCUCCCCACACUCCCGGGAGUGGGACCCACCGCCCUUGCCCCUGGGAUGGGGACGGGGGUGGAGAGGUUGCCGCCGUCGUGCAGGGACCAGUGAGAUGGGCUUUGCCUCUGCUUCUCAAAGAUGGGGCUGUCAGCCCUCCAAGGGGCCCCCUCACCCCCCUCUCCCCAACUCAAGGGCAACAGAGGAGGGUGAAGUUCCUGCUUUGGGAUUCAUUCAUCCCUCCCGACACGGUUCCUUUUCACACUGUGAUUUUGCUCUGCUGCCCACCCGAGCCUGGUGUGGGCGAGCAGUUCCCCAGGAAGCUCGGCUUGGGUCCGGUUCUCACAUUUCUUACUUUAGCGACAGCUGCAGGAAGGAGGGGAACGGGGUGUUCUCUCCGCAGCCCUUUUCCCUCACUCCCACCCCGGUCUCCAGGGUCCCUGGCUUGCCUCCUUGUGAAGGGUGGGGCAAGGAAGCCUCCCGUGAGAUCUAGUUAGACAGGCCGCUCCUCCUGGCAAGGUGUCUCCAGGCCUUCCAUGGCCUCCCCCCCUCCCCACUUCCCGCCCGACCCCAGCUGGACUAUGCGAAACCACAGGACCCUCUGUACCUCCAGGACUUUGUUGCGGGGGAAGGAGCGAGUGUCUGCAGGUGUCUGCGACAGGCGAGGGUGAGUGUGAGCGUGAGAGAAGCGGGCGGGGUGCGGGCUGUGUGCAGAGCUGUCUUCCCCGAUAUUUUCUUCGAAACCCACAGUGAGAGGGGAGGACGCUGGGGGAGAGAAAUUCCUUAUGUUUUGGAGUGAAAAAUCCCUCCUUCUAUCCGUGAAUGGAGGAAGCCCACCAACCCCCUUUCCAAUGUGCCAGGCAGAAGUAAAGGGGAGGGGGGGUGUGCUUGGUGGGGGAGGGGUGGGGGGAAGGCUUUGUGGCUCCAGGCAUAUUCUCUCCCCCAUCUCUGUGUCCUGGGCCGCAGAAUAGGGGGCCAGGGGACCCUGUGUCACCCGCACUGUCUCCCCCGCCCCCGCCACCCUGCCCAGGCUCGCUCCCCAUUUACUUAAAGCCUCCUUGAAGCAAAGGGAGAGGGUCCCAGGGCUAGAAAACUGGAAGCACAGACCCAGGAUGAGGAAGGGAAAGAUGGUGCUAUCUAUCUCCAAGUCCCUUCUCUUGCUCGUUGGUGGCUGUGACGACCCUUGCCUGGCUUUAUUCAUCUCUGGGCUUUCUUGUCACCCUUCUGGGUCUCCCCCUCCCAUCUUCACCCCGAGUCCGCUGACUCAGGCCCCACGGUUGACAUCUUUGCGUCCUUGUGCCCUGCAGGCAUAUUUAACAUCAAGUCCUCACUGCUUGUGAGUUGACUUGGGAAUAUUUACCCCAAAUCAGAGGCUUGAGCCCCUGCCUGACCAAUCCCUUUCUGCCCUUGGCCAGAGCCAAGGUGAAGGCAGGUGGAGUGUCUUAUAUUGGGCAGUUUGGGGGAUGAGGGAGGCAGAGAGGGAACAAUUUUGGGAGCCUUGAGGGAGGCGCUGGUCCAUUUUGUUUCCUCUUGAUCUCAAAGCACAAUGUGGAUUCUGGGACCAAAGGUCAGAGACACAUCCUGUUGGAGAACCUGCGGUUGGCAGGGUGGUGAGAGGGUGGGAGGAGGACCUGGGGGAGCAAGAAGUAGCCUGUUUUCACUCGGCUUAAAUUUCCUUCCAAAACAAGGCAAGCCAGCCGCUGGAAUCUUGCUGCCAGCCCUCUAUGCCUCCCAUCCUAAAAAUAGGGGACCUUUUCUUACACACCCCCAGAGAGAGGAGGGACUGUCACACUGGUGCUGAGGGACCCAGGGGCUGCUGGGAGUCCGUAUUCCUUUCCAGAACCAUCCAUCCCUAGAAGAGCACAGAACCUGAGGGCUGGGCCGAGUCCCUGGUCUUUUCUUACAUUUCACAGGUUUUUUAGCUGAUCUAAUCCCAGGAAAGCAAAGCUAGAAUGUGAAUAUAACUUUAGUGGACCAAUAAUAAAAUGCAAGAAGCCCAAUGGUGAGAAAAGUGAAUUCUCUCAAUAUUGCUUCCUGUUUUCUUCCUCAUGUCCCUCCAGGGAAGAUUACUUUAUUGCUUAAUUUCCACCUUUUCCCCCCUCACAUAUGCACUUCUGGGCCUCUUCUUUUUUUAAUAGCUGGAGAAAAAAAAUACCACCCCACAGACCUGUAUUUAAAAAGAAACAGAAAUGACCAUGUGAAAUUUGCCUCUGUCCAAACAUUUCAUCCGUGUGUGUGUGUGUGUGUGUGUGUGUGUGUGUGAAGCCGUCUGUUCAUCUUUUUAUAUGGGGUGGUUGUCUUUCCUUGGUCUGUUUUGGUCCCCUCCCUCGUGGGCUUGUGCUUGGGAUCAAAUCUUUCUGGGCUGUUAUGAUUUUGAACAUUUGACUUGGACCACAAGUGACUCUUUCUCCUGGUGACUCAAAUAAAAGUAUAAUUUUUA